GUGUGUUACUGCGAGGCGUGACGGUUAACUAUGUUUCUGCCGAAUGGGGGCGCUAUAAUUUUAUGUUGCGCUGGUUCCAGCGAAGAAGAAGUGGAAUCCAUAACAAUAACACAGCUAGCAAGAAGAGAAUGUGAUCUUUUCACUCUCAAACAUUGUCCUAAAUCUUCAUCCUAGUACCGAAUGACAGCUGCUGUUUAUAAGUAACGUCAUACAAAGUAGUGUGCGGCGGUAAGAAGUGUGAUGUGGUGUAGUUUCCCCGCUCUCGCUUCCAUUUCGAUACUUAGGCGCUAGCUUAUCGGGUUGUAAGUGUACUAUUUGAUGUCAGUGGCGUCACGCGGCGUGUGCAGACAUGGAGAGUUUAUACAAGCGCAAAAUGUUCGCUUCAAUGCGCAAAACCAAGACCGACCUGUCCAAGAAGAGGCAGAUCGGCUUGCCUGCCUCCAUCCUGGACGACAGUGACGAAGGCUCCUUCUCCUCGUCCUCGUCCUCCAGAUCCCAGUCCGACUUCCACAGCUCCCCGGAGGAGGACAGCGACCAGGACGAGUGGGAAAGGAGUGACUCCGGGGACACUUCCAGCGAUCACAGCCGCUCUGUGAUUCGCAAGAAGCGGUCCUUUCUGGGAGGACAGGACACAUCAUCAUCGUCAUCCUCCUCCUCCAGCACUGCCAGAGAGCAGGAUGACGAUGACAAGGAUGAAGAUGACGGGGGAAAGACGGGGGAUUCCAAUCAAGUCAAGAGGAUGGUGCAGCCCAGGAAGAGGAGUCGGCUUCAGCGGCAGGAUGAUUCCGACUCGGACCGUGCGGAUGAGAAGCGGAAGGAGGCGUCUGAGAAGGCCAAGAGGAGACAGAGACACAACAAGCUGCUGGCGUUGUCCCGAAGGAUGAAGGCCCGUGUUCCGAGGAGGUGGAGCCGCGUCAAACAGGACGAGGAAGAAUCCAAAGAAGCUGAAGAUGAAGUUGAUGGAGACGAGGAUGGAGGAAAUACAGCGGAGGCUGAAGCUUCACAUGGAGACGGAGGAGAGAAGGGAGAAGACGAGGAGAAAGAGGAAGCAGUGAAGAAGUUGUAGAUAGAGCCAUCCAAUCCCAUAUACAGUAUGCUCUUAUUUCACCCUUAGCAGAGGAAGCGUGUCCAGUAUUUACUUUUGUCCCAGCAGCACUUCAAAGACCCACAUGGACUGCUGAUGACUUUGUCAGGAGCAUCGUGAAGCUUUGGGAGAAGAAUGCAAUCAUCACAAGAGGACAUGGAACUGCUGAUCGCAAAGUGGAGCUCCUAGGCCGUGGGAUUAUUCGUAUUAUUUUUUGCUGCGAUUAUGAAUGAGAUGAGUUGUUUGGGGGUGAAGAAAAUGUUGUUAGUCGAGCCACAGAAGCAAGGCACACUUGCAGUACGAGCGGUUGCUAGGAUGCAAACGGAAACGUCAUUUUUCAAGCUCCAUUCAGCAUGGGCCUGCAGUGUCUAAAACGUCUCAGAUUUUGUACAAACGUGCUUUUCUUCUUGCCAGAAGAUGUUGGGAGCAGCUGCAACGCUUUUAAUAUAUGCUUUUCUUGAAAUGGCUGCUUCAAUGACAUGGUCCCAUCCUACAUUUGACACCUUUUCAGACUUGCGUAUAUGUUUCAAAUGUUGGACUCGUGUUCCUCCUGAUGUGGAAGUGUCCUAUCAGGAGCUCGGUGUGUUUCUAACUUAACCCCUGCUUUCAGUUUUUAUGCCUAGUCGAGAAGUUGUCGACUAGAAAAGGAUUUCUCACGACACAACUUCAGGAAGUCCAAGUGUGACCACAUUUGGCAGCCAGAAAGUAUUUUUUUGGAAUGUCAGAAUUGUGUACAGUUGUCCCUCGUUUAUGGCGGUUAAUUGGUUCCAAACCCGCUCGCCAUCAGUGAAUUUUCACAAAAAAGGAUUCAAUAUUAUUAAAUAGAAUAUUUUCAUAGUUAUGGCAUUGAAAACCUGUUUACAACCUUCUAAAUAUGUUUUAAACAUUAUUAGGGUCCUCUAGAUAUGAAAGAACACCCCUAUACCCCACCGUUACAUUUGUAUUACCCAAUACAGUCAAUAUAAUCAGAGAAAAUAAGACAUAUAAGACACAAAUAAGAUAAUAAUUUUUGGACUCACAAUAGCAGUUCCUUCUUCUUUGUUUUGUCAAUGUAUUGUAAUGGCGGCUUUAAAUGGCUUUACACUUGCAUUACCCAAUAAAGUAGACAUAAUAAGACAAAAUAAGCCAGUUAAGGCAUAAAACCCCUGCUCGUGUGUGUCACAAUAAAUGGGCGGACAGGUGUGUGGUGGACAGGAAGUGGUGCCAGAGGUUCAGAGUUGUGUUUAACCCUGUUGGAUUAUGACCCCAACAGCAGCCCGAGUUACUAUUAUGAUUGUUAUGUUGUUAUUAUUGUGCCUGUUGUGAGAUCAUUUCAACCUGCAAUAAACAAAAUCAGAUACAGGUCACAUAUGACCAAAAAAAGUGCAGUGUGAACGUAGCAUUAGUUCAUUGAGCCAGUUUUAUGCUUGACAGUGCUUCAUUUAGGCCAAGAAUAAGUACAGUUUGCUAAAAUAUGCAUAUUUUUUUACUAAAAGUAGGCCGUAUUCAACCACGAAACAAUGAUAAUUUAUUAAUUCAUUACGUUUUUUUGACUGAGAGUGCCAUGUUCGAAUCGCACUGUAGCGAGGGACGACUGUAUUUGAAACAAAAGUGCGGCACCAGUGGGAAGAUUUUUUUUUUCUGGGGAGCUAGAGACCUACCUCACGGUCGCUGCUCCUCGGCUCUCGCCACUUCACGGACAGCUCUAUCAUGAACAAAUUCUCCAAUAUUCAUACAGUGAUUUCCAAUAUCCAGUUCUUCUUUACUGUUGGGUGAUCACCAUUAGCACCUCACCGCUUCAGGGGGGAUGGAGUCGACCCCUGACCAAUCACAACAGAGUGGGCGGGGUCGGGGGAGGAGAAGAAUGCAGAUUGACCCUGGACACAAUUUAUGCUGGGUGAAAGUCUCAUGAGGAAUGGUGGAUCUGAGCAUUAUUGACCUGCCGGAUAAAAAAGAUGAUAUAUUACAGGUAUAUGUUAUAUUCCACUGAAAACACAUUUGUCUCCAUGUAUUGUAGUAAAAAACCAAAAGUGUUGAUUUAUUGGAUGAUGAAUUGGUGUUUUUUGCAGAGCCUCCAUUGGGUUCAUUUGCUGUCACAACAAUCUGAAUGAAAUAGUUUGAUAUUUAUGAUUUGACAGGAAAUAUUUACGACUGAGAGGCCAAUUAAAGAUGAUGAGGCUUUUCGUUUCAUCAACUCUCUUCUGAGUGUCAGACGCAUUACUGAUGUAAAUGUUUUCUUUUUACUGUGUAAGAAGUAACUUGUGGAAAUGUAACACACCGACCAACUGCUUCCUUUUCUUCUGAAAUGUGCUGCUUUACAAAAAAACAACUUCAGGAUCUCAUCCUUCAGUGAUGUUGUUCUGUGUGCGUGCUAAAAACAAUACUUUUGCAGAAUAGCCACAUAAAGUAUGAGACUGAUAUCGAGCCAACUCAGAUGUUUUUGGUUCAAGCAGCAGCUUAAAAAAAGAAAUAUCACAUUGGAGGCCUUGAGUCUUUUAUUCAACAUGUCCACAGUGUUGUGUGUUUGUGUGUUUUUCUUGGCAUUUCUUCUUGAUUCAACUUUGAAAAGCAGUCAGCUUCAUGAUAAAUAAACUUUUUGCUC